AAUUUUAAUUUAUACGGAAUGUACAAAUUUGGUGGCCGAAAUUUUACAAAUAUAUAUCAGGUCUUCUGUACCACCUGACUUGUAUCUCUUAUCUAACACAGUGAAGCACACGGCGUUCCUCAGAAAGAAGCACCAUGGCAGAUGAACGAGUCGAACGAAUUUCAAAGAAGAUUGGCACUUAUCUUGAUUUUCCCAAACCAGGGAUUGUAUUUAAAGACAUCUUCUCUGCUCUAGCUGACCCAUCUGUUUUCCGAGACUUGAUGACUAUCUUAGAGGAACGAAUCAGAGCCAUCUGUCCUGAUGUGGAAAUAAUCGUGGGACUAGAAUCAAGGGGUUUUUUAUUUGGCACCCCUCUGUCACUAUCACUUGGAGUUCCAUUUGUACCAGUGAGAAAGAAGGGGAAAUUACCAGGCGAGCUGAAGAAGGUGUCAUAUGCAUUGGAGUAUGGAACAGAUGUGUUUGAAGCCCAGGCAAAAAGUGUAAAAUCAGGACAAAAAGUAGUCAUUGUGGAUGAUUUGUUAGCUACUGGAGGUACCAUGAAGGCUGCUUGUGAUUUAGUUACAUCCAUGGGUGGAGAUGUAUCACUCUGUCUUGUCUGCAUCGAGCUUGUCAACUUGAAAGGUCGGGAGAAGAUAGACAAACCUUGCGAGGCUGUAGUCAAAUUUGAAGUCUAAGACUUAAAAAAAAAAAGUGAUAAAUUCUCUUUUCAAUUAGAUAAAUAAUAGAUAUGGGAAAAAUGUUGUAUAUUCCUAUUGUGUCUUCUGAAUACUGUAGUUAGUGUAAGGGUGCCAUUCCCAUAUUGCACAUUCUAAAAAUUAAAUUGAAAAUAUUGAUAAAGAUUUUUUUUUAAGCCUGCCUAGUUCUGACCUUAUACAAAUACAGGUUCAUUUUUGUAAGGGGAAUGAUGCACUUACACUAAAGUAGUAUAUACUUUUUUUUAUUAUCUCUGAAUAUUCUAGUUUGUGAAUAGUAAUGCCCAGUAGAGUAGUGCUAGCUUUUGAAUUAUUUUGUAACAUGAAUAUAAACAUACCCAUUCCCUAGUGAUAAUUUUAUGUAGGGUAAAAUUGUCAGCAUGCAGGUGGUUGUUCGUGCCUAAACAAACAACGUUGAAUGUAUUGAAAUGCCUCUUUCUGGUAGGUCCUUUGUGCUUGCUAUCAGGCAGGCUGAACCCAAUUCAAUCCAUAACAGGCUCUUAGAGUCAUAAAUAAGCCUACCUUGUGUAGCUUCCAGGAAUCGACAGCCCUGGGCCAACCAGGCCUCCCUUUUCUGCUGAACCACAGAAGCCCACUGAACCUGUUGGGACCAGUGGGUUUGGACCCCAUCUGCCCUUCAUUAGCUCUUGUUUUGAUGGCUUUCCCUUCAGAUGAAUGGGGAAGCCAUCAUCUGAAGGGGGAAGAAUGGCACCAUUCUUCCCCCUGUUCCUUGAUGUGUUUACAAACUCUUCAGCUCUGGGGUGGGGCUUUGUGACCAGCUCUCACCAGGCCACCCAGGGUCGGUGGUGGUAGGCUUAUUUAUAUUCCCAGAUCCGAGUCUCCAACAAGGCCUCCAUUGCUCUCUCCCAGCCUACCAGAGACCGGAAGCCAAAAACCUCUUAUAGUGGGGCAAGUCAUCUAUUUUAAUUCAAUCAACUUUUUUGUGGCCUUUUUGUGGUUAGGGAUAUUUUUAAUUCCCUGUGCCUUUAUAGAAGGAGUGAAGUUUUGUCAUCUGGGCCCUGGUAGGCUUAUUUAUGACUAAGGGCCUGUUAUGGAUUGAAUUGGUGUAGCUUGCCUGAUAGCAAGCACCAAGGAACUACCAAGGACCUACCAGAAAGAGGUAUUUCAAUACAUUCAACAUUGGUUUGCUUAGGCACCAACAACUACCUGCAUGUUGACAGUUUCACCCUAUGUAUAUUUGUGGUGCACAAAUUACUUGUGCAGUAUCUGUGCAUACUGAUGUUCUACAAGUUCUGUGAUAUACAAACAUUGACAAGCCCAGUGCAUCAUUGCACAUGAAAAAACCACAGUAAUAAUAUUAAAAAUACUGCAGAAAUAAAAUAUAUUAAAUGCGUGUACUGUACUUACAAUUUGGUGCAAAAUGCAUGGGGCUAGGCUGAGCUUGGAUCAAUGAUUACAAGAUUAUCACGCUCACCAGAACUACUAAUGGUUUGUAAAAGUGCAUUAAUAUAUACUGUAGCUGUAAAUAACAUGUAUGCAGUGAUAAUAGUACACUUUACUGUUCACAAAAUUUAAUAUUGUGUGCAUAUUAGUGAUACUAAUAUAUUUGUGUAUCAGUGUUCAGCAUGUUUCAUUAUAUAAAUUCAUAAAAUUACACAAUAUUAAAUUAUUGCAAAAACCUUAAUUGGGGGGGACCUUCAACAAGCUGCCAGCUUCCUGUCCUCGUUGAAGCCACUAGUGUUAGUGGCUCUCAGGUAAGCACAGGACUUGGGUAAACCAAUGACAAACAUUGGCAACACUGAAAUAAGUCAGUAUACGAAUAUUAGCAAGAAGACCCACCGCUCGCCUGGCCCAGGUGACCUCUGGGCAUCUCGUCCAUCAGUGCUUGGUGAAUCAGCGAUAUAGUGAGAGUUCCUCUCCACCACAACCAAAGUAAGGUACAUAAAAAUUAAAUUUUUCUGUGAUCAGGGAAUUCAUUUAACAAUAUUAGAUUCCCCCCCCCCCCUCCUCACUCUGUGGAAUUGUCAUAAAUGGGUGCACAGUGCAAGGGGUUAAGACAGUCAAAUUUUGCUGGAUUCCCAGUCAUAUUAAAGUUAUUACAAUAGAACUUGUGCAUACCACUACUAAGGAGGUAGUAAUGGUAUCCAUGCUUGCAUCAUUAACUGAAAGGGGGAUUCUUUACUAGGAUUUCUACCCAGUCAUUCUGCAAUCUGUGACCAUUAACAAGAUCAUUGGAUUGGCAUUUUGGGUAACUGCCUGCUCCUAAAAGUGACCCUUUACCCCCUUGCCCUCUUUUUACCACUUUAAUAGAUGGAAAUGGCUCUGGCUAGGUUGUGUAUUGGUCAUGGUCACUAAUGGAGCAACGUCUUGUUCCUUUUUUGUCCGAACUGCAUUGUUCCACUUACAAUCGUGACCUUGUGAAAUGUCCCAGUUUUCAGGAAGACUUAAUUUUGCAUUCCUAAUGUCCCUCCAGGACACUUGUCCAUUGAUAGAAUCCUAGCAGACUGAUACCUUUGAUGUUGUUUGCCUGGUGUUCAUAUCUAUGUAUGAAUAAAGAGUAUGGACACCUUA